AUGUCUCAGGAAGUGCAAGACGAUGGUAUGUUCUCUCGAGUUCAGGCAACGGUCCCCCUUCAGCUUCGCAUAUCCGCCAUUCCCGGUGCUGGACGUGGUUUGUUUGUGUCCGAGGCGGUGCCGUCGCGGGGUCUGAUUUUCCGCAUAGCUAAACCGUUGCUAUGUAUUGUCGAGGAUGGUAAAGAAGCACUGCGGAGAACUUGCGAUAAUUGUUUUGCUGCGAGGAGCGGAAUAUACCAGACUACCAGCCGAAAGAAUCUCCGCGCGGAGUGUCAUUCCGAGGCCUGGGAGCACCACCAUAAAGCCGAAUGCGCUGUGCUCUCUAGAAUCAGACAAGACCCACAAGAUAGAGUGGAGGAAAGAGUUACCCACAAGAACGUUCGACUUCUCAUCCGACUGCUCUGUCUCCACGAAGCCGGCAUGAUCCCAGAGCAACAAUGGGACGAAAUAUUGGGCCUGAAGACGCUGAUGGGAGCUGGACAAGAAGAAUUAGAGAGACAGGUUCAGUUUCUAUGCGAUUUUAUGGCUUCCUACGAGGUUACGAGUUUAGACGAGAAUGUGGUCAGACAGUUGGUGCAUACACACUUCAACAACAACCUCAUCAUGGACCAGCCCCUCCUCAGAGGUGGCUUAUUUUACCCCCCAGGAAACGGCUGCGUUGCAAGUGGCAUCUGUCUCGAACCAUUUGCAUCCAUGGUCAAUCACUGCUGCGACCCAAACUCUUGGUGGACUUUCAACGGCUGCGAGUUCCAGCUCAGAGCUAUCCGAGAGAUUCCUGCAGGAGAGGAGCUCACAAUUUCCUACAUCGGCAUCACAGAAAGCUUCAAGUUUCGCCAGGAGAUUCUUUUGGAGGAUUGGGGUAUUAACUGCGCGUGCUUAGUGUGCAAACAGGGUCCACAGGGUCCGACGGAUGGUCCGCUGUACGAGAGACUUCAGAAUAUCCAGAGGCUCGAGCGGGAGUCUGUUGAUGGCUGUGCUCCAUUGAAUGAGGUUAAACACUUCAUUAUUGACAUGGUUGGUGCCGGUUACGAUUUCGGAACAUGGCCGCUUCGCCAGCUAUACCGCCAGAUCUUCUGCACUGUUCUAAGCAGAGGAAAUUUCAUGGGUGCGCUGAAAGUCUGGCUGAAGCUUUACUACGUGGUUGAUGUUGCUUCCAGCCCUCCGCAACUUCCUGAUGAUAGGCUCAAUUCGCUGAAGAAGCUGAUCAGCUUGAUUCGGGCGGUGCAACUGAUGGAGUCGCCUUUAAUUACGGAAGACGUCAAAUGGGCGCUCUCGUAUGCUCGAGGCUACCUGAGUAGGAAGUUAUGUGAGGAGACAGAGAAGUGCUUUGGUGAUAUUGAGGUUGCAAAGUUUGAGAAGGAGCAGUUUCAGAUGGUGUUUGGUCACGGUGCCGAAAGAUUUGAUGACAGAGCGAGAUAUGUACAGGGUAUGAAAGUACUCUUGGAAUGGGCGAGAAUUCCUGAUGUCUCGGAGAGCAGUUUGUAG